GAAAAAAGAGAGCCAGGCAGAGGCAGACCAGAGCUCCUGCCAUUUAUAUUUAACGGAUCUUUCUUGCCCUUUUUGCUGUUUCCUCCUCGUGACCUACUCUGUUCCUCCUUCUCUUCCUUGUGCUUAAAAGACUUUCUUCUUUUUAUCUCUUCAUUUGUUUCUCUUUUAUUUCCUCAGCUCAAAUCUUACUCUUAUUGGCUAACUAUCCUCUCUCCUAUAUAUUUUUGCUCCUCCUUUCCAUUCCCUUUGCCCGAAGCCUAGGCAACCUGCAUAAAUGGGCUUCUUCUAGGGUUUUGUAAUUCCCUUUGUUUCCUAGGUGAAACAUUAGUCUUGGGAAAAGGAAAAAGAAUAUGCUUGUUGCUUAGAAUUCUGUUGUUUAUUUGUUUAGUUUACACUGUGGAGUGGUUUUGAGGGGUUUUUGAAUUCUUCUUCGGAAUUGGAUUCCUGUUUUGAAAAAAAGAAAAAAAAUGGUAUGGUAUAUUCCCUUUCAGUUCUGCCUAUAGAUAUUUCUUUAAUUGGGGUUCAGUGUCCUAGGGUGUUCAUGUUUACUACUUCAAUUCAUAAAGGUUUUGGCUUUUUCCUCUUUUUAUAAUCCAGGAACCUUUGACUCUUGUGCUUCCAGGGGGUUUAGGGUUUUGCACCUUUUUCAAGGGGCAUAAUUUCUUUUCCAAUUCAGGAACCAACAAAGAGUGAAAAUUUUAGCUGUUUUUGCAAUCGAGCCUUAAGAAUUUUCUCCCCCAAAGAACGAUGGCUCCUCAAAUGGGUUUCCCUUGAAUUCCCGAGAUGUCUUCGUGUUUAAGCGGAGGCGGCAGGACCUAUGCAUUAGACCUUGAAAUAAUAAAAUCUCCAUCCUCUUCAACCAGAACUUCUCACACAUCUUCUUCACCUUCUUCAACUCUCUCUGAGUCCGGCAAUUCCCCCCUUGCAAUCUCCACUCGGAAACCACGAACCCCUCGAAAACGCCCCAACCAAACCUACAACGAAGCUGCAGCCCUCCUCUCCACUGCCUAUCCCAAUAUAUUUUCCUCCAAAAACCUUGCAAAGCCACGUAAAUUCACCAAGCCUCAGGACUCUUUCUUCCAUGAAUCGUCUGAAUUAUUGUUGCCUUUCCGUGUAAUUGACGACUCUGGUGUCUUGCUCCAGAAUCAGCCAAUCCGAGAAAAACCCAGUUGCCUAAUUGAGCCAAAAGUCGUGAAUUUUUGUGACAAGUCCUGGCAAAGUAGUAGCGGAGAAGUCAAUUCCCAUGGAGGAGGAGGUUCCAUGGAAAUGAGAUUCAGCACUGAAUUCCAGGAAGAUUUCGACGCAGAGUCGAUUCUUGAUGAGGAAAUCGAGGGAGGUAUUGAUAGCAUUAUGGGGAACCUUAGCGUCAAUCAGGAGACAUUGGAUGAGUCCAAUGGCACAUAUCACGGUGCCCAAAUCAGCCAAAUUGGUUCAUGCUAUGGGAAUCCCAUGGGAUUAGGAUUUGGCGCGAAAUUUGAAUUUGGGUUGGGGUUCGGAUUAAGGAGGGGAGUAAGAGCAUUGAGACAUGUUAAUGAGGGGAAUUGGUGGAAUUUUUCUACUGUAGAUGUGCUACAAAUCUCACCAAAAACUAACACCAAGGUCAGCAGAGCAGAGAAAAAGAAAAAGAAGGUGGAGAAACCAAUUGUUGUGACGGAGGCGAAGGGUUCGGCAAUGCCUAAAGAAAAUCCGAAGCCAAAUCCAAAUGCAGGGUUGCAAUUGAAAUUGAAUUACGAUGACGUAGUGAAUGCCUGGUCAGACCGUGGCUCGCCCUUCGCCGAGGAAUCUCCAGGGCCUGAAGUUGCUGGAAAUGAUGUCUAUGCCAGGCUGGCGCAGAUCGAUUUAUUCUCGGACGGUGGAGGGGUGAGAGAGGCUAGCGUGCUUCGCUACAAAGAGAAGCGGCGUACGCGCCUCUUCUCUAAGAAGAUCAGGUAUCAAGUCAGAAAGGUCAAUGCUGAUAGACGGCCCAGAAUGAAGGGGCGAUUUGUAAGAAGGCCAAAUUCUGGAGAAAGGUAAAAGGAAUGGGGACGGAAAGAAAUCAAAGAAGAAAUGCUUUAGCGUCUUUUUUUCUUUUUUUUUUUCUCAUUUUGUUAAACCUUUUGCCUUACACUUGAAAACUUAGAAGUUAAGGAGAUGAAGACUACUAGUUCAAGAAGAGGAAUGUAGAGAAAUAGGCCAACAAGGUUUUUGCCUGCCUUCUUAUUCUUUGUUUUCUAGUCUUUGGAUAACGCUUUUGUUUUUCUUUUUUUCUUUUUUUGUUAAAAAAAGGGUUUGGUUGAAGUCGAUAGUAGCACCUACAAGAGAUACUGUUAAUUGAAUACUUGAAUUCAAUAAUGAUAACCUAAUUGCCUUUC